GCUGCCUCGCGGCCCGUCUCUCCCGUUUGAAAGUACCUCUUCGCUCCGCCGUUCUCUCCUUAAAUGGUUGUCGCUUUGUACCUCCCACGGAGGGAUGAGUUAGACUCAGAGUUGGCGCUAGCUCAAUUAUUUAUGUAGAGCGCUCGGUAAGCCAGAGAGAGCUGUUCCUUGGACUGCAUCCCUUGCCCUUCCCAGAUGUGAGCCUGACACAGCCAGUACGGACAAGGGCCUCCUCUUGUCUUCAGGACACUUGCUUCUGCCUACCUUUUCUUUUAUCAAAAAAAAGAAAAAGAAAAAGGCAAACCCAACACCCCCCAGACCACAAAGAACUUCUGCUGAUCUAAGGAAGAACCUGUGGCAUCUCUGUCUCCUCCUUGCCUCCAAAGAUCCUGGCUGUAGGCUGGAUUUCCUUUCCUCGAUUUCAGGAUCAGCUGCAGAGAAUCAGGAUCUUGGAUAUUUUUUGUUUUUAUUUUUACUAGAACCUUUUCAACCGAGAAGCUGAAGCUGUCACUGCUAAAACCUCGUUUUUUUUUCCCAAGCAUGUCAGAAAGCUGGCAGCAGCAACAGCAGCAAGCACAGCAGCAGCCGCCGCCACAGCAGCACCAUACUGGAGCCGCCACCCUUCCAGAGCACUCCAUCCCACCGAGCACUGCUGAGAACCCCUUGGGCUGUGCUGUCUACGGCAUCCUGCUCCAGCCAGACCCCAAUCUGCAGCAUCACCAGCACGCUCCAAUCCAGGCUGGAGAGCCGUCCCACAAAUGCGGUGUGUGUGGCCAUGACCUCACUCACUUGUCCAACCCCCAUGAGCAUCAGUGCUUGCCAGGCCAUGACCGCUCUUUCCAGUGCACCCAGUGUCUGAAGAUCUUCCACCAGGCCACUGAUCUCCUUGAACACCAGUGCAUCCAGGUGGAGCAGAAGCCCUUUGUGUGUGGCGUGUGCAAGAUGGGCUUUUCUCUCCUCACUUCGCUGGCGCAGCACCACAACGUCCACAAUGGCAAUGCCAUGAAGUGCUCUAUCUGCGAGAAGACCUACAAGCCUCCCGAGGCAGAGCACUCUCAGCCUCUUGACCCCUCAGAGAAGCCCUACAGCUGCUCCAUCUGUCAGAAGACCUUCAAGCACCUCUCGGAGCUCUCCCGCCAUGAGCGCAUCCACACGGGAGAGAAGCCGUACAAGUGCACGCUGUGCGACAAGAGCUUCAGCCAGUCAUCCCACCUGGUGCACCACAAGCGGACGCACAGCUCGGAGCGGCCCUACAAGUGCACGGUGUGCGAGAAGACCUUCAAGCACCGCUCGCACCUGGUGCGCCACAUGUACGCGCACUCGGGGGAGCACCUCUUCAAGUGCAACGUCUGCGAGCUGCACUUCAAGGAGUCAUCGGAGCUGCUGCAGCACCCCUGCACGCCUAGCGGGGAACGGCCCUUCCGCUGUGGGGAGUGUCAGAAGGCCUUCAAGCGCCCCUCGGACCUGCGGCAGCACGAGCGCACGCACAGCGAGGAGCGGCCCUUCAAGUGUGACCUCUGCCAGAUGAGCUUCAAGCAGCAGUAUGCGCUCAUGCGCCAUCGCCGCACGCACAAAGCUGAGGAGCCCUUCAAGUGCAACCUGUGCGAGAAGGGCUUUGUGCAGCCCUCACACUUGGUGUACCACCAGCAUGUGCACGGCAUAGAAAACCUCUUCAAGUGCAACGUGUGCCAGAAGGGCUUCAACCAGUCCUCUGAGCUGCUGCGGCACAAAUGCGUGCAGAACGCAGAGCGGCCCUUCAAGUGUGCGGUGUGCAACAAGUCCUACAAGCGGGCCUCGGCCCUGCAGAAGCACCAGCUGGCCCACUGUGCCGAGAAGCCGCUCAAGUGCACGCUUUGCGAGAGACGUUUCUUCUCCUCCUCCGAGUUUGUGCAGCACCGCUGUGACCCGGCCCGUGAGAAGCCCCUCAAGUGCCCCGACUGUGAAAAGCGGUUCAAGUAUGCCUCGGACCUGCAGCGCCACCGGCGCGUGCACACGGGCGAGAAACCCUACAAGUGCCCCUCGUGCGAGAAGGCCUUCAAGCAGCGCGAGCACCUCAACAAACACCACAGCGUGCACGCCCGGGAGCAGCAGUACAAGUGCAUGUGGUGUGGCGAACGGUUUCUGGACUUGGGCCUGCUGCAGGAGCACAGCGUCCAGCACACGGCCGAGGGCGCCUACCAGGUGGCUGCCUGCUUGCCGUGAGCCUCCAGCCCCUCAGCGGCUUUCAGCUUGCAUGUGACGCCCCUGAGCCUUGGCCUCCCCUUCCCUCUCCUCGGUUUUAGAUGGCCUCCAGGAAGUUGUGGGGGAAAGGGGAGGUAGAACGGGCAGUCAGGUAGACUUUCCUCUGGCCUCUGUGGUUGGUGUGUCACCUAUAUUCCAGGGGUGAUGGGAUGAUGCGAAAAGCUUGAAGGGGGUGGAGAGGAAAGGAGGGAGGUGGGGAGAGGAAAUGAUGCCUGUAGUUGCCUGGUGUCCCCUGGACUGUAGUUCAAACUGUGUCUGCAGUUCCAGAGCUGGGAGCUGGCAGGUCUCUGCUCACCUGCCCUCUGUGGACAGCAGCCCUUCAUGCGUGGCCUCUUUCCCCUGUCCUGUCCAGUAAGGUCAGUGGAGAGAGCUGGAUAAUUCUCCUCUUGGAGAGUGCUUGGGAACAAGGCAGAGCCUGCCCUUCCUUCUCCCUGGGUGUGCUGCUCGGUGACAGACAGAAGAUUUGUGCUGCUGGGAUCUCCCGGCUUUGUUAGUCCAAGUUCGAUUGGGUGACUCAAGAGGACUAUUUCAGAUCCGUAGCAUUGAUUGACUGCCCGGACCUCCCCUGCUCUCUCUCUUUCUAGAGUAUAGGAAGGGAAAAGCCAUGGGGCUGCACAGCUCCAAAACGCACUUUGGCAUUGCUGCUUUUGCAGUCGUUGGCUGUAACGCUCUGUGAGGGUUUCGAGCAAGCCUGCCCGUCCUCCAUCCCUGCCCAGCAGCAAGGGGAAGAGCAGCAAGCACUGUGCGCUACCUGAGAGCAUGGCAAGGAGAGUCUCUGCGCCGUACUUCUGGCGAAGAGCCUGGGGUUUACAGUCUGCUUCUUGAGGGACCUAGCUCUCCUCUGAAGACUUGCCUCCAAGCCCCUUCCUUCCUUGUACUGCUUAGGCCAUUAGCAUACCUCCAAGGCGGGAGGAGAGGUCAAGCAAAGGGACAUGCUAGCAGCUGAACACUAACAGGUGAGGCAAACACUACUAAUAACCUAGGACUUCAGAAAUGAGCUUGGCCAUCUUCAGCUGUAACCCACGCUGUGCGCCUGGGGCUUGAUGUCUGACUUGUUGGGAGCAAAAUAGUUCUGUCCAGAGUGAUCAGGGAAGAAUCCUUCCUGGCCUGUGGGGUCAGCUCCAUGGGAAGUGGAAGGUUAGCAGGAGGUAAAGGAGGAGCGUAUUUUUCCCCCUCUUAUGGGAGUCCCUUUUUACCCCUCUAUUCUUUCUUUAUCUCCUUUAUAUUUUUCAGGUUUUGCACAGUUCCUGUAAACAUCACUUAAAAAUAAAUUUCCCCUUAGCAAGAUUGAUGCAGCCUCAGGUGUUUUCCUCUUCAAGAUUUUGCUCACUUCUCAUGACCAAUCUCAUGACCAAUGUUAGAUGCCUUUAAGGUUGAAGGAGCGCUUACUAGGUUGCCCACCAGCCUUCCCUUCUCCAUCUUGGCUAGCCCUUAUUUGAGUUAGGACUGUUCCGGCUCACUGUUUUCUGAGCAGUAGCCAAUAAAUUGCCCAUGUGCUGCCCAGGUGAUGAGGACAAGUUUAAUAAAUGUUCUCCCCAGCAAAUAUAGAGAGAUUAACCUUGCAGAAAUUUGGGCUGUGCCUGCUUUGCUUGUAGCGGGCACUAAUCUGAAAGAUUGAGAAAGGCUUUUUGUCUCCAUUUCCAGCACUGUCAGGAGGAACAGAGGGCAUUUUCACAGGGGGCUGGGACAGUUCAGUGACAGGUCUGACCUCAGGGCUGAGUCUUCUUCAUGUGCAGCUUUAAGGAGUUUAAAAUAAACCUUGCUCUUUGCUGCCCAAGGAGGAGGGACCAAUGCUCAUCUUACUUCACGUAGCCUCAGAGAUGUAAAGCUUCCUACCAAGUUUUCUGUCUGUGUUUCUUUUUCCACAUUUUUUGCUUUUUCUAAAGCAGUUUGUUAAUAUUCAUUUUUAAAAAUCCUGUAUAGUUUAACUUGAUGUCAUACUGGAUCUUUUUUUUUUUUAAAAAAAAAAAAAAAAAGAUGUGACAACCUGGAUUUUUAAAGACCUCUCCAGUUCUAGGUAGCUGUUUUUUGAUGUUUAAUAUAUAGUGAGUUCAGUGUAUGCUUAACUAUAGGAGUAAAAAUGAAUCGAAAACAAGGAAAGCUAACCUUGUAUUGACAGAAGGGCUGGGCUUGAUGGUGCUGGAGGCCUCCCUGGUUGAAGGUUAGGUUCAGAGCUGGGGAACUAAAGCCCGUAUUUUCAAAGUGCAGUCACCUUAUUGUGCAGCUGGCCUCUCUUUGUCUCUAAAGCCCUUCAGUCUUCUGGUCUGUGCUUGGUCCUUGGACACUUGCUGGGAAUAACUAGCACUUCUGAAUUGGCUCAUGAGUUAGCAAAUGCCUCUUUCAAAUUAAGUGACGGUGAAGAUCUCUCUCUGAGUAUUCUCUGGACUCAUGCUGGUGGUGGAAGCAGUGCCUGGUAGGUGUGGGUGUAUCGACUGAGUGUUAUGCUUUAGACUCCUGAAAGUGGUCAAAUGGCAAACAACAGGCUAUUGUGUAGUAAAUACCACACCCUUGAGAUAAAGAGAGCGGCUGUGGAGGCAGAUAUACCUAUGUACUUCCAGUGAUCUAGCCCUUCUCAAGUGGGGAGAUAGGCCGUCCCUUAUCUUGCCAGGAGCAGUACUACCUUCCUUGAGAAACGGGCCCUUCCUCCUGCCUUCCCAGCUGGAUUUGUUUGCUUAGGUGUCCACUCAUUAGCUGUGAGCACACGAUCUGUCAUCUCCAUGGUUUCACAGUCAGUUUAGAAAUGCAGCACCCACGUGAACCCUUGUUCUGUUCCCGUCUGGCGUCAGCGCUUCCUCAAGCUGUGGUUAACUCACUGCUCUUGCCCAAAGCAGCCUGGCACAACUGUUGUGCUUGGCUGGAGAUGGGUCCUGUGGAGCAAGGUGUUCAGCGGGUAACCUGACUGCUUGAGCACCGUGCUGGCAGCUCUUUCUGGCUGGCUGUAUGGUUCCAUACAGGAGGCAGAGGGGAGGCUCACCUUUGUAGUAGGAGAAUGUGAAACGGAGCCUGCUGGCCAGAGUGGCUUUGUGGCCGUGCUUUCUGAGUCAGCUGCUGGCUAGAGGAGAGAUUUGGGAAAAUCGAUAAUGCGGACACCAAAUGGCUGUACUCUACUCUCUCCUGUCCCCGGAGACCUGAGCGAUUCUGCAUUUUCUCUCUGCCUCGAUGGCUUGGCCAAGUCAUUGCAAAGAAGGAUUCUUACCUUCCGAUUUCUGCAUCCUAGUGUUCAGCGCAGAGGAGGAAACGGGGCUGCUCUGGCCUCUGUCCUGCGAUCUGAGGAUAGUGGUGGGUCCCAGACGCAGCUCUGGGACGUGCUUUGCUUCGGCUACAGCGCUGCCCAGCCCUGUCCCCUUUGAAUCAGCACUUGCUGGGAACAGGUGAUCGUCCGGGAACAUUUCCUUUGUGCUCAGCUGCUGCAGAGCAGCGUGGAAAGGCCUUAGAGGAAAGAAAAGGAGCCCUGGCUUUCUGUUCAGCACGCAGAAACCGUGCAGUACGCCAAGCGGAGAAUGUGAUCAGGUCUGUGCAUGUGAGGGGCUGCACUCCAGCAAGAGGAGAUGCUGUAGAGAGCUCCAAGGGGACAAGUCUACAGAUCCACGUCUUCAAACCCAGUGCCUGUGAGUAGGCGCCUAGGUAAAAACCAGGUGGUGUAGAGGCACUGAGCACUCACAGACCAUGUUAGGCUUGGUGUGGCUGGCCCUCUCCUGCUAUCUCAUCGGAAAACCUGGUCACCUUUAUCUAGGUGCUUCCUAUAUAUCUCCUUCAUUUAUUUUUAAGCCUUGAGAUUUGAAAAUAUCUUCAUGCCAUGUGAAAUCAACUUUGAGUAGGACUGGCUGCGGGCCCACGGUGACUUGGUCUCCUCGUCUUUUUUGCUGCCCUACAACAGCCUGAAUCCAGUGAAAGUCUCUGUGGUGGAACAGGGGUGGUUUUGGCCAUUAGAUCUCAGUGUUAGCAGGUGAAUGUUCCUGCGUCUUUUGCUGGCGGGUUGUGAACCAGGCCUGUGCAGAGCAGGCAUUAUUGAAUGGCUGCUGAUAGCCUUGAUUAUAUUUUUAUAAGGAGAUUGUUUAGUUGCAAGCAGCCCCGUGUCAUAUGGUUGGGCUGGGGGAGCAGGUUGGUCUCCGUUGCUGUGCCUUUGGAACACGUUUGUUUUUUACUGUGGGGUGAGAAGUGAUGAAAAUAGCACGAGGCAUGCGAGUGUCAGGAGAGCAGCUCUGGAUGGGGAGGCUUGGGGUGACAGAUGUCCCCUGGGUGUCACGCUGCAAAGGGCUCCCUGUUAACUGUUCGUAUUUCUUUUCAAACCAAAGAGCAGUUGUGGCCAAAGCCUCUUUGGAGUAAAACGUGUUUCUACUUUUUACCUGUGUUGCACUUCCCUUCUAAUGUUUAUUUCAAGAGACUUGCAGGCUUCUUUACGCUGCCUCUACUUGGCCUCACGUGUUACUCAUCGACCUGUAGUACUUAACGGAGUCACUAUGUUGGAGCUGGUAUUGUAUCAGCCCUUAGCAAGCUCUGAAGGACUCUGUGCCCCUUGGGUGUCUUCAAGACCUGGUUGCCAAGCUGUUUGGGGAUGCUCCCUAGGGCUGGAGUAGGGAAUAGUCCUUUCUGAUGGGCUCUUCUCUUCUUUGGGCUUUCCCAUGUGGGAAGCAGGCAGUUCAAACAUAAGGCACCUUUAAGAAAGCAAGAGGGGAGUGGGUUAGGUUGGCCAAAGGCUGUUUGGAGGCUGUCCAGGAGACACAUCCUUCUCUCUGACUGCUCUCUGCUUGUUCCCAGGAAGAAGGUAGUCUCUUUUACCUGGGGAUUUUCACCAACCUUCUCUUCCCCUUACCCUACGUACAGGAUGCCUUUAUCUGUGUCUCAACUCCUUCUCCUCCACAGUUAUUUUGAUUAUAGUUUUAUAAGACCUUCUAGGCGUCUUUGCCCUUUGUUGGAUUCUUCUUUGUAAGCAGUGCUUUGUUUUCAUCCCUUUUCCAUUUUGAUUGAUUCUCUCUGCGAGAUCUCUUCUCCCUCUCCUUCCCCUCAAAUUCCUCUCUCAGGCUGAGGCUGGUUCCAGGUGAUACGGGAACCGCUGAUAAUGAAGUUGGGGGUUUGGGACUGUGAAUCUCACUGGAAUCCAGUGGAUGUUUUGGGCUCAUCCCCCCAUGAGGCCCCCCAUCUCGUUGGGCUUGUGCGAUGCUAGGAAUGCCCCUGUGGCCUGGCAGCCUUAGCUUUAUUGGGUUGUGUCUGUAGUACAGCUAGUCCUGGCAAGUUAGCCUGAGCAAGUAUCCCAUUGCCUUGGGGUAGGAGCCAGAGCAGAGCUGUAUGAAACAGGCACCAGGGCUAGAGUUGCCAUGUCCAUUGCAACGUCCCCAAGACUGGGGAUUAAGUCAGUAUAGGGCUGUCACGUGUCCCUGGGGAGAAGUCACGGAGCUGCCUGGGCUGCAGUUUGACUGUUUGGUCCCCCUGGGAAUGUCUGCUGAGCUGCUCGGCAGAUCAUGCCGAUGGCUAAACUGGUGAAACCCGGUGUGAAACUGGUUUCCCCGUGGUGUGAAAACCCCUGGGAUUGCAGGUAUGCCCACAAUGCCCCAGGAGCACUCUGGAGAGCAAAUGCAACCCUGCAAUCAGGGUGGAAAGAUGCACACGCUCUCAUCUUGGGGCAUGUGUUGGAGUGGAGGGUGAGGGGGAAAGCAUCCUCUGACAAUGGUUUGGGACUGUCUCCUGGUACUCAAGUCUGGCCUUGCACUGUUAGGAGGGAGGAGAGCACUUUCUUUGAGUAUUUACCAUUAAGUCCGGGCUGCAACUAGAGCCCAGGUGUUAACUAGCGAAGCAAAAAACCUGUAAGUCAUUGUUCUUCAGAGUUUGACUCUCUGUUGGGUGGUGAGUUACCCUGCAGGAAGGUUCCUGCACACACAUACAUAAUGCUGAGAUGCAAUAAUGACAGGCAAGCAAGAUUUGGGGGACUACGGCUCUACCUCGGGGCUUUGGCAAGCACAGUUUCUCUUCCGAGCUGUGAGGCACUGUGCUCCUUCUGCAGCAUUUCUUCGGCAGCCGUCUCUGAGUGCUUUCUGGACGUGAAGAAGCCGCUCUCACAGCGUCCCUGGGGCACUCGAUGAGAGAGCAGGACCUCAGGUUGGAGGUGUACCCUGAGGUGCUGUGGGCUUGUCUCUCAGUGGCGCUGAGUGGUGGAUCUGUGAUUUCAGGAACAGUUCUUCAUUGCUGGGGAGUCUUGUUGAGAUGGAGACCUUACUAAAGCCCCAGUGAGGUUCUCAAGGGCUCCUCAUAACUUGUGGUGGUGGCUCUGGCCAAGAUCCCAGGGCUAUGGGAAGUUGUAGCCAAGGAUGAUGAGGUUUGUGUGGCUUGCAGUGCCUUUAACACUGCUCUCCGUGUGUUUCUAAGACGAUAUUCCAUGUAUGUGUGUAUAUAUAUAUUGUAUUAACACAUCCCGCUCUUCUGUGUGAAUG